AAAUAGGUCGGAUAUGGCCGCUUCAAGCAUAACCGUGGAAUUGAGUAGCAAUGGAGUGUCUAAACAGACAUCGAGCUUCAUUGAUGUGCAGGAUUCCGCCUCUUGGGAAAUAAACCAGUUCAGCUUCCCAAAGCAGUAUCAGGGUUUUGUCGAAAAGGUUAUGCUGCCACAUGGUUUGAUUGUGGACCGGAUAGAGCGUCUGGCUCAGGACAUUGUGACAGAAGUGUUUGACCUCCACGCCAGUCCCCAAAUGUCCCCCCGACUGACUUGGGAGCAGGUGGCCGCCACCAAACACCACUCGGCACUCAACCACCCCCGUCUGCAUGUGUUGUGUAUUCUCAAAGGGGGCUAUAAGUUCUUCUCCGAUUUGAUGGAUAUCAUCACCAGACUCAUCAGGAGCAUAGGACUAAUAGCCUCGGUGAGUGUGGACUUUAUCCGAGUGAAGAGCUACAUGAAUGAUAAGAGCACCGGCAAAGUGAACAUCAUCGGGGGAGAUGUGCUCGAGUCCCUGGAGGGCAAGACAGUCUUGAUUGUGGAGGACCUCAUCGAUACAGGUAGAACAAUGGACGCUCUUCUGAACACUUUGAAAGACUACAAGCCCGCGAGACUUUUAGUGGCGUGUCUGCUUCUGAAAAACACAGAGUUGAGAAAGAGUGGAAAACUUACGUACUGGCCAGACUUCCUCGGCUUCAAGAUCCCAGACCACUUUAUUGUGGGAUAUGCCACUGACUAUAACGAGUUCUUCAGGGAUCUCCACCAUAUCUGUAUCGUAAACGAUGCUGGCAAGGAGUACUUCAAACAACUGACAAUCGACGAAGAAAAACAGGGAAUACCCUUGUAGGUUUCAAAUAAAAAGUUUGAUAGAAUUGAUGAGGGCUUUUUUAUGAAGUGGAAAUGAGCGGACACUAGUGUUUUCACAUGUAUCAGAUUUCAAGUUAAAGUACAGGCCAACUAAUCAUUUUUCAAGUCUGUUUCCAAUGAUAUUUUCAAAUCAGAUUUCUCGAUUUUGAAAAGUUUUCAAUUGCAAGCAAGCGAUUUCUUGCGAUGAUCAUGUCUGCUUAAUUAUGACCUACAUUACUGCCCUAGCCCUUUAGUCAUAGGAUUACUGUUUUGACGUCCAAACUGAUAAAUAUUUGUUGAGCUUUGCAACUGCAGUAACUGAUAACGAAAGUGUAUUAUAUACAUACAUAUUGCCUUUGAUGAAAUUUAACCGCUUACAGUCAUGUCAUGAAAGUACUGCCCUCCUACUCAAGUGAAGCAAUCGAGAUUUGCCCUUUUGUCACAAUUUGAUGUGAGUUGAUUUGAUAGUUAGCUAGCUUCUGUAUAUCUAUUUUUAUUGCAUUACUUAAAGAUGUAAAAUGUCAGUAGCAUCCUGGAUCCCAGAUUUGUUAGAGCUGAACUUUUAUCUUGGCAAUGCCGAAUCAUAGUUAGCACUGAGCGAGAAAAUUGUAUUGAUCAAAUCGAUUCUUAGUGUUGAACCCUCAUAUAGCAUUAUAGAUCUCUAACCCCUCCCGUUGAAAAAGGAGAAAAUGAGCUAAUUAGUUACUAGGUGAAAUGUUCGCUUAU